AGAUAAGGAUAGUGGUUCUUAUUAACCCUACCUCAGCAUCCAGUCGCACCGGGAAAUUUUUUUCACAGGGUCCAGAACCCAGAAUUUGCAUCUGCUAAAAUGUUUAUGACACGGUCCGAAUAUGACAGAGGCGUCAACACUUUCUCCCCCGAAGGACGACUUUUUCAGGUCGAAUAUGCUAUUGAAGCUAUUAAGCUUGGGUCAACAGCCAUUGGCAUCCAAACUUCCGAAGGGGUCGUCCUUGCUGUGGAAAAACGAGUUACAUCUCCCUUGAUGGAACCGACCACAAUCGAGAAGAUUGUCGAAAUCGACACCCAUAUCGCCUGUGCUGUUAGCGGUUUGAUGGCCGACUCCAGGACAAUGGUUGACAGGGCAAGGGUUGAAGCUCAGAACCACCGCUUUGUCUACAACGAAAAAAUGCAAGUGGAAAGUGUGGCGCAAGCAGUUUCGAAUCUAGCCAUCCAGUUUGGCGACAGCGACGACGAUGGAAAUGCAAUGAGCCGUCCUUUUGGUGUGGCAAUCUUGUUCGCUGGCAAUGAUGCCAAGGGCCCUCAGUUGUACCACAUGGAUCCAUCUGGAACCUAUGUUCAGUAUGAUGCAAAAGCAAUCGGCUCUGGGUCUGAAGGAGCUCAGCAAGCACUUCAAGAGAAGUACCACAGGUCUAUAACUCUCGAAGAGGCAACGAAAGAAGCGCUCGUCAUUUUGAAGCAAGUGAUGGAGGAAAAGCUAAAUUCCACGAAUGUUGAGGUUGCAAACGUGACCAAGGACAAAGGCUUUCACAUGUUCACCAAGGAGGAAGUUGAGGAAGUGAUGAAGAACAUCUAAACUAUGUACAUGCAAGCUGAUUUGUUGGGAUUAAACCAAUUUUUCUUUGUA